AUGGAAGAAGACGAAGAGAAUCAUCUAAGCUUGCUUGCCAAUUGCGCAGUUGAUAAGAUAGGUCAUGUAGAUAGGCUGAGCGAAUUGCCAGAUUCUUUGCUGUGUGAGGUUCUUCUGUAUUUCCGCACAAAAGAUGUGGUGAAGACUAGUGCGUUCUCCAAAAGAUGGAGAAACCUCUGGAAACAAGUACCUCGUUUGGACUUGGGGUGCUGUGAUUUCCCAGAUUACGAGUCUCUUGUGAGUUUUGUGGAUAGAUUUCUGGGUUUUGAGAGCGACUCUAAGCUGCGAGAAUUCAAGCUAACGUCCGGAUAUUUGAAGGUUGAGUUCGAUGGUGAGCCUGAGGUUGCUCAUGUCCCUCGCUGGAUCAACACUGUACUUAACCGGAAAAUCGAACAUCUCAAAGUUUUGGAGCGAAGAAAGCCUUAUGACAAGAAUCUGGAGAUACCUUUACCGGUUUACACUUGUGGGAGCUUGGUAACCUUGAAGCUCCGUGACGUGCUCUUGCCUGAUCCAGUCUCCGUUUCUCUACCUCGUGUCAAAACCAUCGUACUAGUUGCGGUUGUCUAUGACAACAGACGGAGUUUCGAAAUGCUUAUCUCAGGCUGCCCAGUUCUUGAAAGCUUAUAUGUAGAGAGAGUUGCCUAUGAGGAAGGAGAUGUCUUCUGUGUGAGCUCCCAGUCUCUACGGAGCUUCACUCUUAUUGGGCACGACGACUACGAAUUCGAGCACGAGGCUGAUGUUCCUAGGGUAGUUACAGUUGAUGCUCCUAAGCUUGAGUAUCUCAAGCUUUUUCAAGACCAGACAAGGCUUUCCAUAAUGAAUCAUCUGGGAGCGCUUGUUAAGGUGGAUAUCAAUACUAGGUUUAACUUGCCUUACGAAUACAGAGACGUGCUCGAUCCGAGUGAUGUGCCAAAGAGAAAGCUAAUUCGUGAUUUUCUCAUGGGAAUCUCUAGUGUUAGAGAUAUGGCCAUCUCUUCGGAUACUCUCGAGAUCAUUUAUGAUCUCUCAAGAUGUGAACAAAAUCCAAUACCCUUGUUUCGCAACUUAUCAUCCUUGCGUGCUAACUUCUUCCACAACGGUUGGGAAGUGUUGCCAGUCUUUCUCCAGAGCUGCCCCAAUCUAAAAACUCUCUCCUUGUCAUUUAGUGAAGAUCCAUGGGAGCUGGCAAAUGGGAUUUUACUUGGACCUUGUCGUCUCCUACCAACUCUCGAGUAUGUUAAGAUAGAGAAUGCAAUGAAAGGCGACGUGAUGGCAUUCGUGAAACUGGCGAGUUACUUUCUGGGGAAGUCGCCAAUCCUCAAGGAAUUCACUUUCUUCUUGGACGAUUUCAGUGAAGAAGAAGAAGCUGUCGUCCUCACAAAACUCCUUGCCAUUCCAAGACUCUCUAGCUCCUGCGAAGUUGUCGUUCUCAGAUGA